AUGAAGAAAUUGUACUGUGGUGUUGUAGCCACUUCAUUCUUGAUGUUGCUUGUUUUCGGGUAUUACGUAAUUACAAACCCGAUCGAUCAAAGCUAUUUCACAAGCCCACUGAACGUGAAUGGCACAAAUCCUCUCGAGUGGAUAGGGUCUGGUGAGCCACCUGCAUUUGCAAACCCAGAAAAUGCAUCCCAAGUGAUUUCAGUUGAUGCUAUCGUAUCUGAUCUUUUUGCUCAAAGGAACCUAUCAAAAGAGGAAAAAAGCUCUUUACAGACAUGGAACCAUUUGAAGUACUUGGUCACCCAUGCCCAGGGCUUACCUAAUGCUGCUGAAGCUAUUAAAGAAGCUGGUGCUGCAUGGAAUAAUUUGAUUACCUCAGUCGAGCAGGAAAAACUUCAAACUAAUGGAAGUCUGUCCAAGAGAGGGAAAGACAAACAGUGUCCUCAUUUCCUUAGUAAAAUGAAUGCCUCAGAACUUGAUGAUCAUGGGUUUAAGCUGAGGGUUCCCUGUGGGUUGACUCAGGGUUCUUCAAUCACGUUGAUUGGAAUCCCUAACGGUCUUCUUGGUAAUUUCCGAAUCGACCUGACUGGCGAACCUCUUCCAGGGGAGCCCGAUCCUCCAAUUAUAUUGCACUAUAAUGUUAGAUUGCAUGGGGAUAAAGUGACUGAAGAUCCAGUGAUUGUUCAAAAUACAUGGGCAAUUGGACAUGACUGGGGUGCGGAGGAGCGCUGCCCUUCUCCUGAACCGGAGAAAAUUAAAAAAGUUGAUGAGCUGGAUCAGUGCAAUGGGUUUCUGGGUAAAGAGACUAACCAGGCUGUCAAAUCUAAUCAACUUGCUAGUGGGAAUUCAAGAAAGUACUUUCCAUUUAAGCAAAACGACUUAUUUGUUGCCACACUCAGAGUAGGCUCGGAAGGGAUCCAAAUGACUGUGGAUGGAAAGCACAUAACUUCGUUCGCUUUCCGUGAAACUCUGGAACAAUGGCUUGUUAGCGAAGUACGAAUUUUGGGGGAUAUAAAUUUAAUCUCCGUUGUGGCAAGUGGAUUACCGACGUCGGAGGAUUCGGAACACAUAAUCGACUUGGAGUCUCUUAAAUCUGUCCCAAUAACUCCUAAAAAAGUAAUGGAUCUUUUUGUUGGAAUUUUUUCCACCGCCAACAAUUUCAAGCGUAGAAUGGCAGUUCGAAGAUCGUGGAUGCAGUAUCCUGAAGUGCGGUCGGGGCAGGUUGCUGUUCGUUUCUUUGUUGGUUUGCAUAAAAACCAGAUGGUGAAUGAGGAGCUUUGGAACGAGGCUCGAACAUACCAGGACAUCCAGCUUAUGCCUUUUGUUGACUACUAUAGUCUCAUUACAUGGAAAACAAUCGCUAUCUGCGUCUUUGGGAACGAGGUUGUCUCGGCUAACUAUAUAAUGAAGACGGAUGACGAUGCAUUCGUCCGUGUGGAUGAAAUAUUGAGUUCUUUACAAAGGAUAAAUACGAGCCAAGGUUUGCUCUAUGGCCUAAUAAAUACGGAUUCACAGCCUCAUCGAAGUCCCGACAGCAAGUGGUAUAUUAGUCCCGAGGAAUGGCCACAUGAUGAAUAUCCACCCUUUGCGCAUGGUCCCGGUUAUGUCGUGUCAAGUGAUAUAGCAAGUACAGUGGCCAAAAAACAUCGGGAGGGACAAUUUAAGAUAUUUAAACUGGAAGAUGUUUCCAUGGGAAUUUGGAUUGACGAAAUGAAGAAAAGCGGAGUAGAAGUGAAAUACGAAAAGGACGAAAGGAUUAUGAAUGUGGGUUGUGAGGACGGUUAUGUGGUCGCUCAUUACCAAGGCCCGCGAGAGAUGCUCUGUUUGUGGCAAAAGAUUCAGGAGAAAAAACGAGCCAUCUGUUGUGGAGAUUAA